AUGAAUGCCCAUGAAAAGCAACAAUCCGUACUGUUCUCACCGGUGACCAUAAAUGGAGUAACGUUCAAAAACCGCAUCGGUGUGUCCCCAAUGGUCACGUGGAAAGGGGUGGACGGUGUUCCUAAUGACUUUCACAUAGCGCACUAUGGUCAAUUUGCCCUAGGUGGUGUCGGGCUGGUUAUUGUAGAGGCUACAGCUGUGGAGCCCCGGGGCUGCCUUACACCGGCCGACACCGGCAUCUGGAAUGACGAGCAGGUAGAGGGGUGGCGCAGGAUUACCACCCUGAUCAAAUCGUUGGGUUCGGUGCCGGGCAUUCAACUGGCGCACGCUGGCCGCAAAGCUAGUAAAUCUGUUGAUUGGCUCAGUUCUAAAAGCUUGGCGACAGAUUGUAAAAAUGAUUGGUCUAGUAUAGCACCCAGUGCUAUAGCAUAUGGUGAUGAUAUGGAUAAAGUGCCCAAAGAGGCCACACUCGAGGACAUAGAAGUACUGCAACAGGCGUUUGUGUCGGCGGCCGUCCGAGCGGUUAGCGCUGGCUUUGAGAUAAUUGAUCUACAUUUUGCGCAUGGUUAUUUGGUGAGCACAUUCUUGUCACCUAUUAGUAAUCAACGCACCGACAGAUAUGGAGGUUCAUUGGAAAACCGGAUGCGCUUCGGUUUAGAGACGGCCCGUCGGGUGCGGGAAGUGAUCCCCAAAUCAAUGCCACUAUUUGUGAGAAUUUCGGUCACGGAUUACGUGAACAAUGGAUGGGAUGUCAACGACAGCGUAGAGUUUGCCAAACAUUUAAAAGCUGUGGGCGUCGAUGUCGUCGACUGCAGCUCCGGGAGUGUCAUCAAAGAUAUUAAUUACUCUACACUCAAUCCACCGGAAGUACAGCACAAGGCCUCGGCUCAGAUACAACGCGAGGCCGGUAUCGCCACUACAGCUGUCGGUAAACUCAUUGACCCCUUGCACGCCGAGGCGCUGUUGAGGGACAACAGCGCGACACUCAUAUUCAUAGGUCGGGCGCUACUAAACAACCCUCACUGGCCAUACACUGCCGCUGACCUCUUGGCCACCGAACAC